AUGUUGGUGUAUCGUGCUAAGCCAGCCGCGCCCGGGACCGAUGGUGUCAAAACACCACUGCAGCCCAAGUCAAUAAACUCAUUGGACCGACUUUCGAAACCAUUCAAGUGCCCAGGAUCGGCGACCUACACACGAGUUUCAGAGAAGCCCUCGAGGAAGCGACGAAAAGUCAACUACGCAGAUGCCGACGGUAGCACGGAGGAUGGAGCAGAGAAGCCAUACACAAACGAUGAUCGAUUGGCGUUGGCAACUCGAGAGGUGAACAGAUUUCCCGUGUUUAAGCCCAAGGACAAGGAUGCGGCCUUUCGACAAAGGUUCUCCAUUCCUUUCAUCAACAAGAACACCGAUCAAUACAAUCCCGGUCGCGCAGCGCCGACCUUGGGCAUGCGGCAGGGCGCGACAUUCGUUGUUAAACCACUCCAUGACCCCAGCGGAGAGUUUGCGAUUGUCCUCUAUGACCCGACUGUCGACGAUAUCGAAGAGCCUACGCCCAAAGAUCCGGACGCCCCAAAGGAAGAUGACGGCCCGAAAAUAGAGGAGCCGCUGGUACAUAAAAGCUUGGCAGAUAUUCUUGGUCUGAAGAAAAAAGUGGAAGAGCGACCGAAGGUGCCGGUGGUGAUAGACCCCAGACUCGCGAAGGUUCUUCGACCACAUCAAGUGGAAGGUGUGAAGUUUAUGUACCGAUGUACAACCGGGAUGGUUGAUAAGAAUGCCAAUGGUUGCAUUAUGGCAGAUGGUAUGGGAUUGGGUAAAACGCUCCAAUGUAUCACCUUGAUGUGGACAUUGAUCAAGCAAGCCCCGGAAGCCGGCAAAACGACAAUUCAAAAGUGCGUGAUCGCCUGUCCGUCAAGUUUAGUUGGCAACUGGGCGAAUGAACUAGGAAAAUGGCUUGGAAAGGAUGCGACUACUCCCUUUGCAAUCGAUGGAAAAGCCUCCAAGGCCGAACUCACUCUUCAGAUCAAGCAGUGGGCAAUCGCAUCGGGUCGCGGAAUUGUUCGACCCAUCCUCAUUGUAUCAUACGAAACUCUCCGCAUGUAUGUGGACGCCUUGAAAGACACGCCGAUUGGACUUCUGCUAUGUGACGAAGGUCAUCGACUCAAGAAUAAGGAUAGCUUGACAUGGACAGCCUUGAAUAGCCUUAACGUGAACCGUCGAGUUAUUCUUUCCGGAACACCCAUUCAGAACGAUUUAUCGGAGUACUUUGCUCUUCUUCACUUUGCUAAUCCCAAUCUACUGGGAUCUCAAGCCGAAUUUCGCAAGAGAUUUGAAUUACCCAUUCUGCGUGGCCGGGAUGCUGCAGGUACUGAAGAAGCUCGAAAAUUAGGCGAUGAACGUCUCACGGAACUAUCUGGUAUUGUGAACAAGUUCAUUAUUCGCCGAAGUAACGAGCUCCUAUCAAAGUACCUGCCUCUCAAAUAUGAGCACGUUGUCUUCUGCAAUAUGGCUCCGUUCCAGUUGGACCUAUACAAUCAUUUCAUCCAGAGUCCGGAGAUUCGGAGUCUACUUCGAGGAAAAGGCAGUCAGCCAUUGAAGGCCAUUGGUAUCUUGAAGAAGCUUUGUAACCAUCCAGACCUUUUGGACCUUGCAAAAGACCUUCCAGGGUGUGAGCACACAUAUCCCGAGGAUUUCACUGCACCGGAGUAUCGAGGUCGCGACAGGGAUGUGCGGAGCUGGUACUCCGGAAAGAUGAUGGUACUUGAUCGCAUGCUUGCUCGCAUCCGUCAAGAUACCAACGACAAGAUCGUUCUUAUCAGCAACUACACCCAGACUCUGGAUUUGUUUGAGCGACUUUGCCGGUCGCGCAAUUACGGGAAUCUACGACUGGAUGGUACAAUGAACAUCAAGAAGCGACAAAAGCUGGUCGACAAGUUCAAUGACCCCGAUGGCCCUGAAUUUGUGUUUCUCCUUAGUAGUAAGGCUGGUGGAUGCGGUCUGAACUUGAUUGGUGCAAAUCGACUCGUUUUGUUCGACCCUGACUGGAACCCUGCUGCCGAUCAACAAGCGUUGGCCCGUGUAUGGCGUGACGGACAAAAGAAAGACUGUUUCGUUUAUCGCUUUAUUGCAACUGGAUCUAUCGAGGAGAAGAUCUUCCAGCGUCAGUCACACAAGCAAUCUCUUUCGUCUUGUGUCGUGGACUCGGCGGAGGAUGUUGAGCGCCAUUUCUCCUUGGAGUCGCUGCGAGAACUUUUCCAAUUCAAGCCUGAGACUCGUAGUGAUACACACGAUACAUUCAAGUGCAAGCGAUGCCGACCGGAUGGAACACAAUUUGUAAAGGCUCCGGCUAUGCUUUAUGGCGACACAAGCUCAUGGAAUCAUUUGGUCAAUACUGGAGAGCAGGGACCGUUGGGCCAGAUCCAGGACUUGCUCAUGCGGCAGGAGGCCGGAGAACGUGAUGUCUCUGCUAUAUUCCAGUAUAUCAGCCACUGA